AUGAAGAUUCUUCGUGAGCUGUAUAAAAAUUUCAUAACGAGGAUAUCACUAUUCUACAAAGGUAUUAAAACCGACGUCAAAACAAGGGUAAGACAAAGCGAUACCAUCUCGUCAAAACUGAUCACCGCCAGCCUCGAGAACGUUAUGCGAACAUUGGUAUGGGAUAAUAUGGGAGUGAAAAUCGAUGGUCGGCAAUUACACCAUCUUCGCUUCGCUGAUGACACCGUCGUUAUAACAUCAAUCAUUAGCCAGGCGGAACAAACGCUUGCCGAUUUUGAAAAUAUUGGUUUGCGGCCAAAUCUCACAGAGCGAUGUUGA